CAGUUUCAUUUGAUUGCAGUUGCAGGAAUUACGUCAGCAGUAGGGACCACCCAGUAGGAUGUGAUUUUAAACUAUGAUGGCACUUUCCAUGGGACCACUGCAUCUUCAAACCUGGAUGCUGUUUUAAACUAUGAUGGCAUUUUUCAUGGGACCACUACAUUUCUACAAAUUUGUGUACAUCGGUGCUCUGAUUUCUGCUCUGUGCAAUUUAAUUGAAACAUCUGCUGAACCCAAGUUGAAAAUGAACGCACAGGAUUUUGAGUACAUUUUAACAUGGGAAGCUGGAAAUAAUACAGGGACAGCCACAUGCUACAAUGUGAUGUAUACAGCAAGAAGUUCACUUUGUCCUUGGCUAUCAAAAUCGGCGGGAAGAAACCAGGUGCAUGAUUCUUCUUUCAUUAAGGCCAAGUCCCAGCAAAAUGAGGCUCCAGUAUCUGGGGAGCUGGCCGUUUGUCCAGCUGGUGCAAGGACCAAAACAGGGAAAGACCGUAGAGAUGGUCUUGGGAUGUCUGUGGCAAGGAAACGAGGGAUGGAAAUGAGAAAGGCAACCUUGCGAAGUACUGAUUGGCUCCUCCUUGUUUCCAUUUACAGUUAUCCAAGACCGAAUAUGAAGAUUGUCACGGAGUGUUCCAGUAUCAUCACACGUUCAUUCUGUAACUUGACAAAAGAGUUUACAGAUCCCUGCAAGCUAUACAUAAUUGUAGUGGAUCAGGUCACAGAAAGUGGAGUACAUUCUUCAGCUAUCCAUUUCAAUCCAUAUAUUGACACAUGCAUAAAAUCACCCCAGUUUGAGAUUUCUGCUUGUCCAAGCUGCGCAAAUGUGACAGUGGAACUUUCAGCCUCGUUACUUCAAGUAUACCAAGAGCUUGAUUAUACAGUCACAGUGAUAAGAGACAAUGUCAAGGAAAAGCGUGUUGUCAAUACAACCAGACAAGAGAGUUUCCAUACUGUCAUUGGAGAUUUGAGUUUCAAUACAAAUUAUUGUAUUGCUGUUGAUGUGAAAACAAGUCUAAAUAAUCAGUGCACUCCGUCUGUCCCAAAAUGCAUUAUCCUCGGCUCCAAUCAUAUAUCAGGUCAUAUUAUAUUACCAGCAUUGUUUGGCAUAUUAUUGCCGUUGGCAGUAGUACUCACUCUAUUUGUCCUAUAUAAAAUCGGUGUUAUUUGCUUAAGAUGGAGGAAAUGGCCUAGAGUCUUGGUAUGCAUCUAUUUUUUUUCUAUCUUUAAAUUUCAAAUUUGUUUUUCUUUUCAGAGCAUCACACCAAACUUAGACUAUUACCUUUUUAAAUCAGAACCGGAAGAAGUGCACACCGUCCAGGUCACCCAACAAAGUAAAAAAAAAGUAUGUGGAUACAAUUCCGAUGAAGAGGACAGUGAAAGCGUGGCUGGCAAUGAUGAUUUUUAUGCUGCACGUGUUUUUUUGGGCCAGACUUCAAAGUCCUGCUCGCAGGAGGACAAUGCAGAGCCACCGUCCCUGGACUGCUCAUCCACCACAAGUAAAAUAGCUGACCCCCAGGUUGAUGAAACAGAAAACCUUCUGCUCAUAGGCUGCUCUUCUGCUACAAGUGAAAUGCCUAAACCUGCAGAUGCUGAAGCAGAAAACCUUCAGAAUGAUAUUAGCCCAACAAUUCAAAUAUUUCAUCCCUCUCCUGAAGUGGACUCCACUAAUGAGCCAGACCUGGAGUGCAGCAGCUGUUCCAACGUAAACUUAAAUACUGUGGUGCUAGGAAUAUCUGGCAAAAAUAGGCAACUUUCUGCAACAUUAAGCCCUUUCGAAGAGGAUGCAGCGGACUCGAAAGAGUUGUGUGUUUCUGACCCAUUUGAACCGAAACAUUUCACUGAUGUGCUAGAAAUGCAGAACUCUGACAUUCAUAACCUCUCAUGUUCCUGGCAAAAUUCUGAUGGGUCUGGAGAAAGUGAGUCAUCGGAUUCAGAAACGGACUGUGUUGGUGAAUACAUGAGCAGAUGAAUCAAAGAUGAAUAAAUGAAUGCUCAAGUUACCAUUUUUCAGCUUCCAGUAAGACAAUGUAUUCGCAUGUCAUGGGUGGAUCUGCUGUC